AGUGAAUAUGAGUUGAGUGCAUUGAGUAGAGAGCUAUUACUACAUAAGUUACUGAGUAUUACAUGAUCAUGCCCACAUAUACAUUCGCAUGUGUUCAGACAAGUUUUGUUACUCUGGCUUUUAGAAGAUACAUACUCUACACCGCAGCUACUCUCUGUGUGUGGAUUAGAUUCAACAAUGCCGGAUUAGGGCGGGACACAAUUAACAUUAAUAGAUGAUAGUAACUAAGGGUCUUUCCAUGAGUACAAUAUCUGAUCAGACAAUCUCACCCAUGGAAUUGAAC